AAUAUAUGAACAGUCGAGAGGGGGAGCUAUGGUUAGCUGUUUUUUUGCCUUGGACAUCAGUCAUUUGCUUAGACAUCUUUAGGUUGAGGACGACUUUUUGUAUUUCGACCACGAAAGUUACUAAUUCAGAAACUAUUCCGUAAGUAUAUUGCAUUAAGCAAGACAAUGCUUCCUAUUUGUAUAAACUUAGUUAAGCUUUGAAUACGCAAACUUAGAAAACUAAGCUAAUUGUUUUGAGUAAAAAGUGUCACUUCAAUGAGUUCAAUGCCAAGAGCAUUUUUACCGUUUGAAAUCUUAGAAUACGUAUCCCGUAAGGGUGGAUAUUUUCAAAUUCUACCCGGAACAAUUGACCUGGAGAGAGAGUGAUGAGUCAGUUGCAUUUUUCAGUUCGAAGCUAUCAAGAUGCACCAGCAGACGGCGCUUUCUAAAAUUAUUUUGAAAAAGACUGAGGUUUUUGGUUUGAAUAAGAUGUUUACUUCUACGCUGGCUGAUUUAUAUGUCUAGUAAAUCUAGUAGAAGGGAAAAAGCUUUAUUUUGAUGCUGUAAGAUUAUUUAUCUGUACGUAACUGAACACAUCCAUAAUUUUUUUUAAAUUGCAUUCCGGUUAAAAUAAGUAUUUUAGGCAGAUAUCGAUAACAAUAUUAAAAAGAAAAAAAAUCGAAGUAUUUACACAAAGCAUUUACAUUUCACUACAUUGGCCUUUAGGUUUUUGAUAGCAAAAAGAUUUGAAAACCCUUUCUAAAGCAAAGACCUAAUUUAAAAAAAAACCACUGUUAUCAAAUACUAAUAAUUUUUGUUGUCGUGUUCUGAGCCAAGUUUUUUCUGCGGAAAGGCCUACUUAAAACGAUUGGACAUGUAGGCAAAACCUAUUUAUAAUUCGCCUCACGUUUUAUGUUUGAUAGGACCGCUAACUCCUAGCGGUUGAUAUUAUUUUUAUGAUUAUAUUGUGCAUAUUCAAAAGUUUCCUUCCAAUAGAGAACACAAUGGCCACUCCAAGUUCUCCUAAACUUCCAAAAAACAUCACUUCUGGUAUUGAAGAAUUCGAAAAGAAUAAACUUAAACAUACCGAACCGAAUGUAAAGAAUACUUUACCUGAUGAGAGCGGAUUGAAAUUCUCGCAAAAGGAAGAAAAAGAGGCCGUUAUUCGAAAUGAAAUUCUAGGCUUUUCUAGAGACAACUUGAAACAUGCCGAUGUCAAGGAAAAGAAUCUUCUCCCAAAUCAAGAGGCUAUUCAAAUGGAAGCAAAGGGAGAGAAGGAGGCUCCUUUACGAGAUGAAUUAAGCCACUUUGCUAAGGAAAAGCUUAAGCAUACAGAAACCCACGAAAAGAAUGUUAUGCUAGACGCUGAUCUAUUCAAGAUGGCGCAAAAGGAGGAAAAAGAGGCUCCUUUACGUAAUGAGUUGAGUAACUUCUCGAAAGAUAAACUCAAGCACACGGAAACCGUUGAAAAGAACAAGUUGCCCGAUAAGCAAGAAAUCGAAGCUGAGAGAAAGGCUGGACAAUAACUAACCAGAGAAUUUACAUCAGUCCACUCCAAUAUAAAACCUAUAUGAUUUCCGUAGCGAACAGAGCUUUCUAUUAACUUUUUAUAUAAAAAGUACAAAUGUCGUUCAACUACCUUAUAUAAAUUCAUAUUUUUUUCUAUUCGCAUAUUUUGUAAGCAUGCGAUUGAUUUUCUAUCUGUUUCUGGUGCUUGGUAGAUAAUGCUUGACCAUAUUUCUACUCUAAAUACAUUGAGGACAUUGUACAGCUUUGUUUUUAUUAAGCUAAUUCUUCCGCGCCCAAGGAUGACUCAUCG